AUGCAGAUAGUUUCUAUAUUUAGAUUCUUAAAAGACACCGAAUUUAACCAAGACAAGACGAUAGAAAGAUUAAUAGACACAAUCCAAUGGAGAAUAGAAAAUAGAGUGGCACGCAUGACGUAUCGAUCCAUUGCACCUGAAUUCUUUGAAGAACCCUUUGCGUUCUUCUACAAAGAAGAUUUAAUCGGCAGACCAAUUGCAGUGAUACAAAUGCGAUACUUUCCUAAAUUUAAAGAUAAGACAAAGACUUUGGCCGAUUAUAUGCAACCUUUUGCUUGUCUAGUCAUGGAAAUGGCUAGACAAAUCACUCGAGAUUUAACCCGUAAAAAUGAAAACGAUCAAGUCACUGAUAAGCCCGUUCUUGUCUCUCAAAUAGCCAUCAUUAUUGAUAUCACAAAGGCUCCGUUCGUACCAAUCGAUUCCAAUCUAAUUCAAAUGCUCCUCAACAUAAAUAACUCGCGAUUCCCCGGCUUUGUAGGCUCAGUUUAUGUUAUGAAUUUCGGUUGGAUGUACCAAGGCAUCUGGCAGGUUGUAAAAUUAGUCUUAAGUGAACAGGCAAAGGCAAGAGUAAGUUUCACCACCGCAGAAGAAAUGAAGCAAAUCAUUGGACAGGACAAUCUUUUACGAGCGCUGGGUGGAAAUUCAGAUUAUAAUUGGAGUUUAGAGUCAGACGCCAUGUUGGAUUUAUAUGCAACCGAAAAGAGAUUUGUCAUUGACAGCCCACUAUCACCGUCAUCACCAAUCAUGUUAUCCACACGUACAUCACGUAGCUCAUCGGUCUCAUCCAUUGAAAGUGGUAUAUUUUUUGACGCUCCUCAAUACCUAUCGAGAAGACAAUCAAGCAAUUUUGAUGCGAUCAGAUCCACAUAUACAUCCGCCUGUCCCAGUGUUUAUGGUACACCAGGAUCACUGACUCCCAUCAAUGCCUAUCAAAAUAGACAGCAGAUCACAGUGAGAGCUCCUUCUGAACCUAGGUAUUUCUUGAAUGGAUUUCACAUGGGUGAUACCUUCCUGACAUCCUUCUUUCGGGCCACAUCGAAUCCAACCAACCCUACACUAGAUGGAAACGACUUGACUGAGAGAUUAAAUCAAUUAAUAUCAGAAGAAGCUCAUGAUGAUUUCAUCUUGGAUGAUAGUAUGCUCUUGAUCAAAUCUUCCGCCCCUCAUUUUCCUCACAUGUUACCCAACAAUCACCCACACAGUUUACAUGUUACAUCACCACUGAAACUACAGCUUGUGAGGGCCGAACAAAAGAUGAUGAGAUGGACACGGAAAUUAUUUCACUUUUCUUUUGCUUAUAAAGGGGCUGUCUAUUGGGUCUUACUAUAUUGCUUCUUGAGGGGUCCCGUAGAACAUAAUCUCAAAAAGGCCUUGACUAAGUUUAUGACAGGUUCAACUCAACAAAUUGCAUACACUACAGUGGGUAUCACUGCAACAGUAGCUGCUGUUCUAAGUACUUCUUUCUCUAGCUCAUUACAAAAUAAUAACAAUAAUAAACGCAUUCGGCGCUAG